UAGCGCCCGUCGCCGUGAUUCGAGCAGGCUGAUAAUAAGUGUUUGACCGCGCUGGACUCUUUAUUGUCGCUGCAAAAUGUUUAUGGAGAAUGUGGCAGAGGGAGCUAAACUCUGUGGCGUCUGAGCUGGCGGGUCGACAAGAGGAGAGCGAACAUUCCCACAAGCACCUGGUGGAGCUGAGCAGGGAGUUCAAGAGAAAUGUCCCUGAGGAAGUCCGGGAGAUGGUGGCACCUGUUCUCAAGAGUUUCCAGGCCCAGGUGGUUGCUCUGAACAAGCGCAGUAAGGAGGCAGAGUCUGCGUUCCUGGGAAUCUACAAACAGCUUAUCGAGGCCCCAGACCCGGCUCCCGUGCUGGAGGCCUCGCACUCCCUGGAGGAAAGGCUGCAGCAGCUGCGGAGCUCGGCGCCGGACGGCGAGGCCCUGGUGCGAGAGAUCAGCGGGCACUGGAAGAAACACCUGGAGUGCCUUGAGAAGACAGAGCCGACGGAGGAGAGCCCCGAAUCCAGCUGCCUGAACGCCCUGAUGACCCCCAACAGCACGCCGGCUCCGGGGGGCCCCGGGUCCCCUCAGCAGAACCACCAGGACCGGGCCAAGGGCCGGGGGGAGGAGGAGCGGCAUGGCGAGGAGGAAGAGGAGGAGGAGGAGGAGCGCGUCGACGUUAGUCUGGCUGACAAACUAUCAGAGGCCGAGGAGAAGAUCAAAGUUCUGCACUCAUCGUUGAAUGCUGCACAGACGGAGCUGCUGGACCUGCGGUGUAAAUACAACCAGGAGAUGAGCCACAAGGCAGAGGAGGUCGACGCCAUCAUGGCGAAUCUGGAGAAAGCAAACCAGAGAGCGGAGACGGCUCAGAGGGAAGUGGAGAGGCUAAAGGAGCAGUUAGCCGCCGGACAGAGCGCCGCCGCGGGGAGCUGCCAUCCAGCGGAGGGCGCCAGCAGGGAGAAGAGCGAGAAGGCCGACGUGUUGCCCCCCCAGCUGGAGGCCGCCAUGCUGGCAAAAGACCGUGAAAUCCUCCGCCUUCUAGAGAACGUUCAGCGGCUGCAGUUCACGCUGCAGGAAGUCCAGGAGACCUCGGCCAAUCAGAUCCUGGAGCUGGAGCGCCAGCUGGCCUAUAAGACAGAGGCUAUUGAGAGAUUAGAAGCUAAACUGCAAUCCCAGAUGGACUACGAAGAGAUUAAAACCGAGCUCAGCAUCCUCAAGGUGAUGAAGCUGGCUUCAGCCAACGGCGGCUCGUCGCAGGAAUCUUCCAAGGCUGCAGAAGCUCUUCUGCUGGAUAAAGAGGCCUUUCUUCCAUCUCACAAGUACCUGGUGGAUAAGACCCGGAUAUUGCACAGCAACGGUGACGACCAGUCUGAGGAUGCGGGUCGGGAGUCGGGGAGGCCGCCCGGGUCCCAUUCAUCCUCCUCUCAGGCGGACAGCCACGCCUCUCCCAGCCCGGGCCCCCCCACCUUGGAGGGGUCGUCCUCCAGCCACGACCUCCCGCGCCCGUUCUCCGUGUCGCCGUGCUCCGGCGAGCGGCUGUCGGGGGACCACAUCCUCCACAAGCAGCUGCUGUCGCCGCACUUCAAGAAGGACGGCCUCAUGGCUUUCCCCACCGCUCUCUAUGCAGCCAAAGUGGCCCUCAUGUCGGCCUCGCAGGGCUCGGCGGGGGCCGGCGGCGGCGGCGGCGACGCCGGCCUGCCCAGCGACCAGUCGGAAAGCGGCAGCUCGACGGCGGGGGACGACGACCAGCUGGACACGGCGGAGAUCGCCUUCCAGGUGAAGGAGCAGCUGCUGAAGCACAACAUCGGCCAGCGGGUGUUCGGGCACUACGUCCUGGGCCUGUCGCAGGGCUCGGUCAGCGAGAUCCUGGCCAGACCCAAACCCUGGAGGAAGCUGACCGUCAAGGGCAAGGAGCCCUUCAUCAAGAUGAAGCAGUUCCUGUCCGACGAGCAGAACAUCCUGGCUCUCCGGACCAUCCAGGUCCGCCAGAGAGGGAGCAUCACUCCACGCAUCCGAACUCCUGAAACUGGGUCAGACGACGCCAUUAGGAAUAUCCUGGAGCAGGCCAAGAAGGAGAUCCAGUCCCAGAGGGGGGGUGACGGCAAGUCGUCCCUCAACAGCUCGUCGGGCAGGAGCAGCAACGGCGCCGGCAGCAGCUCCGACGAAACCAUCAAGACCAUCCUGGAGCAGGCGCGGCGGGAGAUGGAGGCGCAGCAGCAGGCCCUGAUGGAGAUGGAGGUGUGCGGCAGGGCGUCCACGGCCGGCCCGGGGGUGCAGGUGGAGCGCCUGGGGCCCCCGGAGCGCUCCCGGGGCCUGCCCCUGCCCAUCUCCAUCAAGCAGGAGGAGGGGGGCUGCGUCAGCGUGUGCAUGGCCGGCGCCAUCAGCAGCCCCCAGACGCCGCUCAGCGUGCUCUCGCCCGCCGCCUUCGUCCAGAACAUCAUCCGCAAGGUCAAGUCGGAGAUCGGCGAGGCGGGCACCUACUUCGACCAGCACUGGUCUCAGGAACGGGGCCCCCUGGGGCUGGGCGGCGGCCCCCGGCCCUUCGCGUCCGUCUCGCCGUCGCUGUCCUCCUCCUCCUCCGGGCCGUCCGCCCCGCCGCGGCCGUGGCCCCGCCUGGAGAACGGCGAGGGCCUCCCCAACAGCGAGGAGGCGUCGGCCGCCGAGGACGAGCCGGGCGCGGCCGCCGGCCGGCCGGUGGAGGUGAAGGUGGAGUCGGACACCUCGCUGAGCGGCGAGUCCCCGGGGCCCGUGCACGGACGCCUGUCCUACUACCCGGCCUACAUCCCCCGCGCGCUGAAGCCCACCGUGCCGCCGCUGACGCCCGAGCAGUACGAGAUGUACAUGUACCGCGAGGUGGACACCAUCGAGCUGACGCGGCAGGUGAAGGAGAAGCUGGCCAAGAACGGCAUCUGUCAGAGGAUCUUCGGCGAAAAGGUGCUGGGACUCUCCCAGGGCAGCGUGAGCGACAUGCUGUCCCGCCCCAAGCCCUGGAGCAAGCUGACCCAGAAGGGCCGGGAGCCCUUCAUCCGCAUGCAGCUGUGGCUGCUGGACCAGCUGGGCCAGAGCCUCAGCCAGCCGCCCAGCCAAGGUCACGCUCAGGAUAAAAGCCCGGUGACGGCCCAGUCCUCGCCCUCGCCGCCCCCCAGCCCGGCGGAGAGCCACCCGAGUCCGCUGGCGGAGCCCGUCAGCCUGUCUCUGGAGAGCAGCAAAGAGAACCAGCAGCCGGAGAGCCUGGGCCUGGGCCUGGGCCCGCAUCCGGACGGGGGCAAGUCCACGCCCAGCCUGAUGGCGCUGCACCAGCCCGCCAACCCGCUGGGCAUCCAGGAGCUGGUGGCCAUGUCGCCGGAGCUCGACACCUACGCCAUCACCAAGAAGGUCAAGGAGGUGCUGACGGACAACAACCUGGGCCAGCGACUCUUCGGGGAGACCAUCCUGGGCCUGACGCAGGGCUCGGUGUCGGACCUGCUGUCCCGGCCCAAACCCUGGCACAAGCUCAGCCUGAAGGGCCGGGAGCCCUUCGUCCGCAUGCAGCUGUGGCUCAACGACCCCCACAAUGUGGACAAGCUGCGGGCCAUGAAGAAGAUGGAGAAGAAAGCCUACCUGAAGCGGCGCUACGGCCUGCUGAGCACCGGCUCGGACAGCGACUCGCCCAGCACCCGCUCCGAGUGCGUCAGUCCGGCGCCGGCGGCGGCGGCGGCGCUGGCCUCGCUGGACCUGUGUCCCUACGGCCAGGCCAAGAAGCCCCGGGUGGUGCUGGGCGCCGAGGAGAAGGAGGCCCUGAGGAAGGCCUACCUGCUGGAGCCCUACCCCUCCCAGAACACCAUCGAGAUGCUGGCGUCGCAGCUGCACCUCAAAACCAACACCGUCAUCAACUGGUUCCACAACUACAGGUCCAGGAUGCGGCGGGAGGUGCUGAUGGAGGGUCUUCCGGACAACGACACGGACGCCGAGCACCACGGCUACUCGCCGUCGGCGACGCGGAGCCCCCACUCCGACGGCGAGGAGCGGCGGCCGCAGCAGCCCUCAGGACACAUCCACUCCGGCCUGCCUCUCGGCGCCGGCACCGCACUGCCUCACGUCAAACAGGAGGCGCCGGACCGAGAGGACGGCGGCGAGGACGGGCGGGACGCCCCCGUCAAGCCGUCCAGAGUUCAGGGUUUUCCCGCCGCCGUGCAGUUCCCGCCGCUGAAGAGCGAGCACGAGGACUCGCCCCAGCCCAGGCAGGAGGAGGCGGGCGGCGGCCAGGCUCAGGGGCUCUACCCGGGCGCCGCCGCCACGGACGGCCCCCAGAGGGCGGGCCAGUCGCGACACGAGGCGGAGGAGUCGGGGAAGUCUCCCGCGGUGGACCCCGUCAGCUUCAAGGCCUCGUCCGAGCCGUGCCGCAGCAGCCUGGAGGUGUCCCUCAACUCGCCGUCGGCGGCGUCCUCGCCCGGCCUCAUGAUGUCCGUGUCCCCCGUGCCCUCGUCCUCCGCCCCCAUAUCGCCCACGCUGCCCAACCCGCCGUCCUCCGGCGCCAACCACAGCCUGGACGCCAACCCGCCGCCGCCCUUCCAGAGCCCCAAGCUCAGCCGGAGCUCCCAGAGACGCACCGAGAAAAUGGCCAACCUCAACAACAUCAUCCACCGGCUGGAGAGGGCGGCCAAUCGGGAGGAGACUCUGGAGUGGGAGUUCUGAGAGGACACUUUAACCUUUGACCCCCGCGGCUCGAAGCUUCCUGA